AUUUUAUAGAAUUUCCUCUUCACACCCCCACCACGUGACUCCUCCUUGAACCGUCAAGAUCUCUUAAUACCCCACCCUUUAUCUGCGGUUCAGAUUCACCCACGCCAUCUAACCCUUAUCGCCAAACAAACGGUUUUAAACUCGCCACGUGUCGUCACCGAUUCAAUAUUAUACCCCACGAUCCAACGGACCAUGCAAUUUCUCCCUUCCCCUCAACUCUCUCUCCCUCCCUCCCUCCCCCUCUCUCUCAACUCUCACCGGAAAAUCAAGAACCCGGCAAUAUCUCCGGCCAAAAUUCUCUAUCCGACAAAGGGUUUUUCUCUUUUUUAAACUUUUCUUCUCUUUACCCAUCAAACAAAUAGUAAUCCCUUUAAUUCUGUUUAUAGAAAUAUAGAUUUUCUCUUGAAGUUUCAGCUGGGAAACCUUUUAAAAGAGGAAACAUACAGUAAUCCCUUACUGUAUUUUGUUUUGUAAAUUUGGAACUGAGGCUUGAAUAUCGAUGGCUGAUUCAGACAACGAGUCAGGAGGACACAACGCUGGAAACGAAGGAUCAACAAGGGAACAAGACAGGUUUUUACCAAUAGCAAACGUGAGCAGAAUUAUGAAAAAAGCUUUACCAGCAAACGCAAAAAUCUCAAAGGACGCUAAAGAAACAGUUCAAGAAUGUGUAUCUGAGUUUAUCAGUUUCAUUACCGGAGAAGCAAGUGAUAAGUGUCAGAGAGAAAAAAGGAAAACGAUCAACGGUGAUGAUUUGCUUUGGGCUAUGACGACUUUAGGGUUUGAAGAAUACGUUGAGCCUUUGAAAAUUUAUUUGGCCAAGUAUAGGGAGAUGGAAGGGGAAAAGACUACUAUGGGGGGAAGACCAGGUGGGGAGAAAGAUGGUGGAGGGAGUGGGGGUGGUGGGGUUAGUCCUCGGGGUGGGGGGAGUGGUAGUGGAGUUGGGUAUAAUGGUGGGGGUGGUGGGGGUGGAGGGAUGUAUGGUGGUAUGGGAGGUGGUAUGAUGUAUCAUCCACAAGGUCAUCAGAUGUAUGGUAAUCAUGGGUCAUAUCAUCAUAUGGGUAUGGGCGGCGGUGGCGGUGGUGGUGGUGGUAGCGGCGGUGGUGGCGGCGGUGGUGGCGGAGGAGGUGGUUCACGGCCAAGGUAGGUGGUGGAUGGAGAUGAAACUUUGGACAUUAAUCAAAUUAAUCAUAUGAUGUAUCAUUGUGUUGAUAGCUACUUUUCUCUAUUACUUUAGGUCCUUUUUAAAUAUAUAUUUUUUUUUUUUAGCUUUUUCUUUAAAUUUGGAAGCACAUUGACAUGUGGAGUUUUAGAUAUGGUUUAUUAUAGCUUUUCUUUUGAAGUUGGAUUAGUGGGUUACAUGUGUAGUACUAGUACUUUGUGGAAAGGGAGAUGAGAGGAUAAAGUAGUACUUAAUACAUGAUAUAACCUUCAACGAAAGGCACUUUGGAUAUAUAUAUAUAUAUAAUAUAUGUAUUUAAUGGGAAAAUGAGAUGGUAUAUUGUGUUA